AAGGUUUAACGAUCGACAAAAUAACUAACUUCAAUUGACAAUUAUUGAUUAAAUAAAGUCUGGCAUGUCCUCUGUUGACGUUUCAAGAAAAGUAAACCUUACGGAAAAUAAUCUUUGGAAUAUAGAUAUUGUUCAACAGUUGAUGCUUAAACUCCUAGGCACCUGAUCCCACCUCUGAUGUGUCCAGGGCUCCGUGUUUGCCCUUCUCCUUUCUAUUAUUUAUAAAGUUUAUGAGAUUGAUCACUUUAGUUAUAACUUUCAUCAACUGUAAGAUGUAGCAGCAGAGUCCAGGCAUUUGACUGUUGUUUUUGUAUUCUUGGUAUAGAAACAUAGCAUAUGACACCGACAUGUUUUAUGGGUUGGGAACUGGGUAUUCUCUCUCUGACGUAGCCGACAUCCAGGCUUAUUCCUGUCCACUCGUCUAACGAGGAUAGGAACGGGGCUAUACAAUCCCAGACGUAAAUGAUUAGGCGAGUUAGGCUUAGGCGGAAAUCUUCACAGGUUAAAAAAAGUAUUUUGGAAAAAUCAACAACAUUCUUUCAAGCUUAAUUUUACAAGCCGAGAGCAAGCCCCGGUACUUAUAUAGACGCCCAAUGGCUCUAACGAGUUCUAGAACAUGAAAGGGGAUGGAAAUUGCUCCUACCAUUGUGGUAAAAGUGGGGGAUUCUCAGUCUACCGUAAGUCUAAGUUAGUUCUAUUGAUGUCAGCAUCGGCCAUUUUAAAGCUGUUUUAAAAUACAAGAAGGUGGUGACGGUUCGAAAUAGGAAAUUGUGAAACAACGUGUGAUCAUAUACAAAUGUGUUAUUGUUUGAUGUUUCACGUCCCAUCGAGAAUUUUCCUCUCAUAUUGAGACAUCACCAGCUGUAGAUGAAGCACCACAAAUUUAGACCUACGCUUCGCGCUCAGGGCCCUAGCAGUUAGGGUUGCUACACGGAACCUCCGUUUUUGAGGUCACAUCCGAAAGACCCGUGAUUCUCACUUCCAAUGCCGGACGCAUGGUGAAUGACCGAUUUGUUGCUAAUGUAUCACGAUAUAUCUUAAAUAAAGGUAAAUUUCGCCACCAUUGAUUGUCAAUGCAUGGCUAGUAAAGUAAACUGUGCCUUCCAAGCUCGAUUUGAAUGAACAGAUAUCCCCUAUCUUUCGGGGCCAAUUACACAAUGCUAAUAUUGCUGUGAUUGCUGUUUCAGCUGCGGCGACAGAGUCAGAAGAAACAAGCAUUUCCUGGGUUUUGUGAUCGUAUUUGCUGUAGUCAUCUACCUUUACUCUCACCAUCGUAAAAAUGACGUCACCGUGCACAUGUUACCCCCACAUCCCGUUCACACCGUAAAAAAUCCUAACGUGAUGUACUCACAAGCGGGGCAAGACGAGGGGGUAUACAAAAUAUUUCCAAAAGAGAAUGGAUUCUUUAUAGAAAUGGGAGCAUUCGAUGGGAAGCACUUGUCCAAUACUCUGUGGUUGGAGCGCAGACACGGUUGGGCGGGUCUCCUGAUAGAAGCUAAUCCCGACCUCUGUCGUCAAAUUGACGCUCACAAGCGACACGUAUGGCGACUAUGUGCUUGUAUCUUAGGUAACCAAAACAGUGUGGACUUCAUAAAGGACGAUGUGUUCGGGGGAAUGAAGGCAGUAGAGAAACAGAUACACCUGCUCAAGAGUCCCGAGGUCGCCAAAGUGCCGUGUUACUCAAUGAAAACCGUGCUGGACAAGAUCGGCAUACACCACAUAGAUUAUUUCUCACUAGAUGUGGAGGGGGCAGAACUUUUGGUACUGGAGUCAAUGAGGGAUGACCUGCUCUCUGGGAGACUCACUGUGGAUGUGUGGACAGUCGAGUUCUUAGUGAAAAGCAAUAAUUACGUGGAUUCUUUCAAAACAGAUGAUAAACUCAACAAAAUCAAGCAGUUUUUCUCCGAAAUUGGGGGAUAUUUUCCACAUUCUACAGCAAACCUUGCCACAGGGGAGCCCAUAGAUGUAGUGUUUGUUAACAUUAAAACAUGGUGCAAACUUCAUGAUAGACUUCCUAAUGAAAAAAGCUGCAAAAGUAACCAUUGAAUUUAAAGAUGCAAAUCCGUACAUUUAGAUAAUUUAGACUGAAAGAAAAUACUUGUACACAAAGGGUUUUUGUCUUUUAUUUCCAUGCAAACAAGGGACAUGUUUCAAAUUUGCAUAAAAUCACUCUGGUAUGUUACUUGAUUCAAUAAAUGUUUUUAUGUGCU